AUGGGCGUCGUUGCUCACAGCCCGCCGAAUUACCAGGCUGUUUUUCAAAGUUAUAAUAUUAGUAAAGGCCCAAUUAUUAAGCAAAUCGCUUCCACUGCACCAUUCUACACUCAAGUUAAUGGCGUAAUGCAAAUGGUUUUUGCAUACGGUGGUGCGAUGAUCUUCGUUGAAUUUAUGGCUGAGAUGAAACGGCCAUGGGACUUUUGGAAAGCGAUGAUCUGUGCUCAACUAUUGAUUUUCGUUUGCUAUCUAAUGUAUGGCCUAUUUGUCUACAGCUAUCAAGGACAGUUUACAUUUAAUCCAGCGAAUCAAGGAAUCGGAAACUAUAACUGGCUAACAGCAAUUAAUGUUCUUUCGCUUGUCAGUGGUUUGAUCGCUGCUGCACUCUAUGGAAACAUUGGUAUCAAAGUGAUUUAUCAUAACAUUGUAAUUGAUCUAUUGAAUGGGCCUGAACUGGCCUCGUCCAAAGGACGUGUGUUGUGGAUUUGUAUGACAAUUGCCUAUUGGGCUCUUGCGUUUAUUAUUGGUUCAAGUAUACCGAAUGUGAGUGCUUUGUCGGGAUUUAUUGCAGCACUCUGUAUUCUUCAGUUUACCUAUACAUUUCCACCGAUAAUGUCCUUUGGCUUAGAACUACAGAGGGAUGCAGCGAAAUUCGAUGUGUAUGAUGAAUUUAGUGGUAGGGUUGUGACUCGAAAGGAUACGUGGUGGAAUCUGUCACGAUGGGUACGAGGUUUGAAACCACUAUGGUAUAUCAAACUUUUCAAUUUUCUGCUCUUCUUGUCAGCGUUGGCGACGGCUGCACUUGGUAUGUACGCAAGUAUUGAAGCGAUCAAAGCAGCUUUUAAAGCAGGACAUGCAACCAGUUUUGGAUGCAUACCGUCUGUUUGA